AUGGGUAAUGGAUAAUGUUGCAAAAGGGUGGAACGAGUUGAAACUUUAGAAGUAGAUAACAGUCCUCCUUAAAAUACUAAACAUGCUUCACCUUUUGAUGAGCCACAAUAAAUGGUUUCACUUUCUGAUUCAGAUGAAGAAUAUUAACCUAAAAAACAGCAUCAGUUUGGAGUUUUUAAAGAAAGACAAAAAUCUUCUUAGUUGUCAACUGGUUAACAAUAUUCUUUUUAAACUUUACCAUCUGAAUAAUAAUUCUCUAAUUUUAUUACUUUUCAAGCUAUUCCAUCUCAAUAAGGAAUUCAUAAUAAUGUAUUCUCUAAAUUUCAAAAAGAGAUGAAUGAGUUUGCUAGUAAAUAAACCAAAAAUUAAAAGAACUUGUAAAAAUAAUGA